AGUACAGCCAUUUCUCGUCCACUAUGGCAGCGCCUGGGGCCCGUAACUCGCGCCGCUCAGGCAUAUGGCCGGUCUCAGAAAAAGAGGCCGUAUGUGACGCAGACGAUUACUUCAAUGUUCAUCUUCUUCUUUGCCGACCUGGGCGCCCAGAGCAUGAAUGAUGAUGAAUACGAUCCCUCGAGGACAGUCCGGAACAUCAUCAUUGGAGCCGGCACGGCUAUUCCCGCUUAUUCAUGGUUCAUGUUCCUUGCCAAAAACUUCAACUACACAUCUCGUGCACUCUCUCUGGGAGUCAAACUCGUCAUGAAUCAGCUCAUUUUCGCCCCCGGCAUCAACAUCUACUUCUUCAGCAUGCAGGCUCUGCUCGCAGGCGACGGCAUCAGUGGCGCUGUCCAGCGCGUCCGAGACACUUUGCUCACAAGCUGGAUCAACUCCUGCAAGAUCUGGCCUAUUGUCAUGGCCUUUAGCCUCAGCUAUGUGCCGCUGGAGUAUCGAUCCCUCUUCACCGGCGCCAUCAACGUCUUCUGGCAGGGUUAUUUGAGCCUUUUGAACAAAUGGGCCGAGGCUCGCGAAGCU